UAACUAAAGAUUGCAUUUUGUAUAACAUUGAUGUCUUAAACAUAAAAAUGUUAGCAUUUAUGAGAAAAUCGUAUUUAAAUUUACAAAAGUCAUGCAAUUUAUUGAAAAUUACAGCUAAAACUGUUUCAACUACAAGAUGUUUGUCUACCAUUGAGACACGACUGAAUACAAGUAAUACUGAUUAUAGAUUUAGUCUAAACAACAAUUCAAAGCUAACACCAGAACAGCAAAAAUUUUAUGAAGAAAAUGGUUAUAUUGUAGUCAAGAAUUUGGUGCCAAAGAAUGACAUCAAAAGAUAUUUGAAUCGUUUCAAAGAUAUAGCCAAUCGUAAAGUGUCGACACCUCCAGGUUUAACCGUCCAAAAGGAGGUGUCGGUGGCUAAGGAACAACAAAAUGAGAAUACUGUCUAUAAAUUACAGGAAUUGUUUUGCGAUGAAGUGCUGUUUGAGUAUUGCAAACACCCGGAUAUCUUGAAUUACGUCGAGGCCUUUAUCGGACCAAACCUAAUGGCAAUUCAUACAAUGCUUAUCAAUAAGCCUCCGGAUAAGGGAACCAAAUCAUCUCGACAUCCAUUACAUCAGGACUUGCAUUACUUUCCAAUACGACCGGCCGAUAAAAUCAUCGGCGCCUGGACUGCAAUGGAGACUAUUAACAGAGAAAACGGUUGUCUCGUAGCUAUUCCUGGAAGUCAUAGGGGGCAACAUUUAGAACACGGCUAUCCCGAUUGGGAGGGAGGGGUCAAUAAAAUGUAUUACGGCAUUAAAGAAAUGACCGGAUCUGAAAACAGAGUACAUCUGGAGAUGGAGUGCGGAGAUUGUGUACUCUUUCAUCCGCUAUUAAUACACGGAUCGGGAAUGAACCGAACAAAGGGAUAUCGUAAGGCCAUAUCGUGUCACUUCGCGGCUUCCGAUUGUCAUUAUAUUGAAGUGAAGGGUACAAUUCAAGAGAAUCUGGCCAAUGAAAUCAUAGAUGUGGCCAAAAAACGGUUCGGCGCAACAUUUACCGACUAUAGCCUUAUAUGGAAAUUCAGAGCACAACUCGUGAGAGGACAACAAAUUAAUCUCUAGAAAUCUCAAAAUUUUAUAUUAAAUAAUAUAAUAGUUUUUAAAACUAUUUUUGUAAAAUAAUGUUUUUAAUAAAAUAAAAUUUUAUGAUUAAAUAUUACGAUAAGUUUACAGUAAGAAAUUAAUAUUAUGAAUGAAAUGACGAUAAGAUAUA